ACAUUUUGGCGCCGUCUGUGGGAAUCUGAACUAAAGGCUCCUUUGUUGCUCUUACCAUGGUUAAAACUAGGUCAGCCCGAGGUGGAAACUCGUCUCAGCCUCUUGGACGAGGUCAGGUCCCCAGCAACCUCCCACCUCAUCCUCCACCCCCAAUCCCAAAUACAUUCCCUCCUGUUGAUCAUGUAGAAGGAGAAGACGAAAAUCAACCACACAAUUCGAUUAGCAACUCAGCCUCUACUGCUAACCAAGACGUAGUUGCAACUCAGCUCGCUGCCAUGCAACAGCAGUUUGGUGUCUUUCAGCAAGUGCUGGCUCAGUUGUUAGCUCGGAACAAUCCUGGUGAUCCACUCAUCAAUCUACUUAAUCUCGCCCCACCACAACCCCCAGCCCCACCACAAAAUCCUGAACCAGUUCAACGUGCUCCCGCUGUUAGUGAAUCUCAAGGCCAAUCUCACAUUGCACCAGUUCAGCAACCUCCUCAUGAUGAUGUCACUCGACGUCUAGAUAGCUUAGAAAGGCUAGUGGUUGAACAGCGAGGUGCCCCACCUCCAUACCCUGCUGUUGACUCCGUACCCCACCCUCUCAACACCAAUAUUGUACUGAAACCCUAUCCCACUGGCUUCAGAAUACCACAACUUGAAACUUAUGAUGGGACGAAGGACCCCGAUGAUCAUCUACAUGCUUUCUACUCUUGCAUGCAGGCCCAGAACGCCUCUGACGCGUUAAUGUGCAAAAUCUUUCCCUCUACUCUCCGCGGUAAUGCUCAAACCUGGUACUACAGUCUGCUUCCGAGGUCAAUCAACUCUUACACAGAACUGGCAUCUGCUUUUGUCACAAAGUUUUCCAGUAAAAGAUUGAUCAGGAAACCCACUUCUGAACUGAUGCGAGUUAAGCAGAGGGACGGAGAGUCUUUGAAGAAUUUUAUGAGCAGAUUCAAUGAUGCAGUGCUGGAGGUUAAUUCUUUCGACCAAGCUGUGGGAAUUACAGCGGUGAUCUCGGGUCUUGGCCAUGAGAGGUUCCGAGAUAGUCUGCUCAAACAUCCUGCCAACACCUUCAGCGAGGUAAAUGAUAGAUCGUUGAAAUUCAUAACUGCUGAGGAAUAUGCCUUGUCGCAGAACCUAACUCCUACUAAGAGCCAACACCCGGACUGGAGAGAUGAGAAUCCGAACAGGAAACGGAUGAAGACAACACAGAACCGAGGUCCGAUGUCGACCCCGAGAUUCAGAAGGCCGAACUCAUCACCUCCGCAACAACUUGCAGGUAAACCUCCAGUUAAUUCGACUCCUUUUAAUUUACCGAGGUCACAAAUCUUUAUGCAGAUUAAGAAUAAGAUGGACUUAAGACGUCCGGGUCCAAUGAGAACUGCUGCUGCUACCAGAGACCAUACUAGGUACUGUGAUUUUCAUCAGGAUCACGGUCAUACAACAGAGCAAUGUAAUAGUCUGAGGUCCAAACUGGAAAGUCUGGCACAGAAAGGAAUGUUGAAUGAGUACAUCCAGAGAGUGGAACAGCCAAGGUUUGUCAGAGAGCAAGGGUCACAGCAUCAAGCAAUCCGCAAUCCCCCAAACAGACAAGGUGUGGGAUAUCAGCAAGCCCCACCUCCACUCCCACCACCAGCUAGAGUAAUACACAUGAUUACAGGAGGUCUGGAAGCCGGUGGAUUGAGCUCUAAGCAGCGAAAGCUGUAUGUCAGAGAGGUUAAGCAUCAGAACCAAGCUCAGAAGCGAAAAUUUGACGAUGCUGAGUGGAAGAAGCAACCCAUCACUUUCACAUCUGCUGAUCUCGAAACAGUUGUCACACCUCACAAUGAUCCUCUAGUUACUUUUGUCACGAUCAACAAUUGUGAAGUACAGCGUGUCCUUGUUGACACAGGGAGUGCACCAGACAUCAUGUACUUCCAUUGUUUUGAGAGUCUUGGGUUAGAUCCCAUUCUGUUGCAGCGAUAUGGGAUCCUGAAUCAGAUUGUGGCUUAUAAUGGAACGCAAUUUAACUGCACCUCUUUUCGAGAUUUCUGUUCCAGCUAUGGGAUUAAAUUGCAGUUCACCUCAGUUUACCAUCCGGAGUCCAACGGCAUGGUCGAAUCUGUUAACAAGUGCAUCUUAGAAGGUAUAAAGCCGAGGCUGGAACAACACAAGGCCAAGUGGGCAGACGAGCUCAACAACGUCCUCUGGGCAUACAGAACUACGAGUCGAACUACUACAGGUGAAACACCAUAUCAUCUGGCCUUUGGUACCGAAGCAGUCAUUCCUAUCGAGAUAGGAGUUCCAAGUUUUAGAGUCACCCAUUUCGAUGAAGGACGGAAUGGACAACUGCUUCGGGAGAACCUUGAUCUGCUUGAUGACCUCAGAGAAAAAGCACGACUUCGAACUCUAGUCUACAAGCAGAAAAUAGCAAACUUCUACAAUAAACGAGUUCGACCCCGAUCAUUCAAAGUAGGAGACCUUGUUCUCAGGAAAACUGGUCUAAUGGGGUUCGAAACUCGAUUCGGCAAAUUAGCACCAAACUGGGAAGGCCUCUACACUGUCGCCAAAGUGCCGCACCCAGGUGCUUAUAUCCUACGGGACACUGAAGGCAAACGGGUUCCCAGAGUCUGGAAUAUCAAUAACCUGAAGAAGUUUUACCCUUAAGUAUACUUCAGAUUGAAAGAACUUUGUUUUGAUAAUUCUUACUUUCACUCCUUCUGCUCAAUUUAGAGUGUAUUUUAACUCAAUUCAUUAAUAAGUUUCACUUCACAACUGAAAUAAUUCAAUUCUGUGUAC